ACAUUUUUCAAUCUUUUGUCUCUAUAUUCAUUUUUGUAUGUACAACCCAACAAAACUCUCCUAACGACGAUCUCACCGAGGCCACUUCACAAUAUAUACACUAUUUUCAUCUCCUCACUCUCAUUUUAAACGCCCCCAAAUCUCCUUCUUUUGGUGAUCACCACCUCUCUAUGCUCAUUCUUUAGCUCUUUCUUGGUGGCCCAGAUUCAUUUUCAGCUUGCAUUUCAAUCUUUGGGUUGAGAAUUUGGAGUAGCGGUAAUCUGAAUUGGGAAAAUGGCAUCCAUGUUGCAUUCUCAAUUUACUGGAAAUUUGGCUUCUGGGACUACGGUCUCUGACCUACUUCAAAGCUCAAGUAAUGGUAUAAGUGGUGUGCCUCUGAAAACCUUAGGAAGAGCACGAUUGGGCAUGACUAAAAGGGAAUUUGCAGUUGUUGCAAAAGUAAGGAAGGUGAAGAAGCAUGAAUAUCCAUGGCCUGAUCCUGACAAUGCUGACCCAAAUGUGAAAGGUGGAGUUUUAAGUCAUCUAUCGCCUUUUAAACCUCUGAAAGAGAAACCGAAGCCUGUUACUUUGGAGUUUGAAAAACCUCUAGUGGCCCUACAGAAGAAAAUUAUUGAUGUGCAAAAGAUGGCUAAUGAAACAGGCCUCGACUUCACCGAUCAAAUUAUCUCUCUAGAAAACAAGUAUCAGCAGGCCCUGAAAGAUCUCUACACUCAUUUGACUCCCAUACAACGUGUGAAUAUUGCACGUCAUCCUAACAGGCCAACAUGUCUUGACCACAUCUUUAAUAUUACCGAGAAGUUUGUAGAGCUUCAUGGAGAUCGAGGAGGUUAUGAUGACCCUGCAAUAAUCACGGGCCUUGGAUCUAUAAACGGAAGAAGCUACAUGUUCAUUGGUCAACAGAAGGGUAGAAAUACCAAGGAGAACAUCAUGCGCAACUUCGGCAUGCCAACUCCCCAUGGCUACAGGAAAGCUCUACGCAUGAUGUAUUAUGCAGAUCACCAUGGAUUCCCUAUAGUUACUUUUAUAGACACUCCAGGAGCAUAUGCAGAUCUUAAAUCAGAGGAACUGGGCCAAGGUGAAGCUAUUGCUCACAAUUUGAGGACUAUGUUCGGUCUGAAGGUGCCUAUUGUUUCCAUUGUCAUGGGAGAAGGUGGGUCUGGCGGUGCUCUGGCCAUCGGAUGUUGUAAUAAGAUGUUAAUGCUUGAAAACGCUGUGUUCUAUGUUGCCAGUCCUGAAGCAUGCGCAGCAAUUCUAUGGAAGACUGCCAAAGCAUCUCCGAAGGCUGCUGAGAAGCUUAAAAUCACUGCUACUGAACUGACUAAGCUGCAAAUUUCAGAUGGCAUUAUCCCUGAGCCGCUUGGUGGUGCACAUGCUGAUCCCUACUGGACUUCGCAACAGAUCAAAUCUGCAAUUGUGGAGUCAAUGGAUGAACUUUUAAAGAUGGAUACAGAAGAACUUUUAAAGCAUCGGAUGCUCAAGUACCGGAAACUUGGUGGGUUCCAGGAAGGAAUUCCGCAAGAUCCUAUAAAGAAAGCACAUAUGAAAAAGACAGAAAAAACCGUUGUCCCAAGACCUGACAACUCAGAAUUAGAGGGCGAGGUUGAAAAGCUGAAAGAGCAGAUUCUGAAAGCAAAAAAAUCAUCUGCUGCUCCUCCAGAUUCGGGUAUGAAUGAGAUGAUUGAUAAACUGAAAGAAGAAAUUGAUUAUGAAUAUUCGGUGGCAGCUAAGAGUUUGGGCUUUAAGGACAAAAUUGUGAUGUUACAAGAAGAAUUUGCAAAAGCAAGGAAUUCAAAAGACCAGCUAAUACAACCAGCUCUACUGGACAAGAUGCAGAAGCUUAAGGAUGAGUUCAACCAGAACCUGCAUAAAGCUCCCAAUUACGAAAGCCUUAGCAGUAAGCUGGGAAUGUUGAAGGAAGUAUCUACAGCCAAAAGUCUAUCUGAAAAGAACAAGGAGGCAUCUCCACUUCAGCUAGAGAUCCAAAAGAAGUACAAAGACAUCUUGGAUCAGCCUGACAUAAAGCAGAAAAUAGAAGCACUGAAGGCUGAAAUUAAAAACAGCGGUGCAUCUGGAGUUGAUAACUUAGAUCAGGGGUUGAAGGAGAAAAUUGGGCAGGUGAAGAAAGAGAUAGAGUUGGAACUUGCUGAUGCUCUUGAGCCUUUGGGUGUGCGUGUUAACAAAGUUCCUGUGUCAGUAAAGGCAAAAGUGGAUGAACUCAAUAAAGAAAGUAAUAAGAUAAUUAAAGAUGUUAUAAGUAGUUCAUCAGAAUUAAGAAGCAAGAUCGAACUUUUGAAGAUAGAAGUAGCCAGUGCCGGUGCGACACCUAGUACAGAGUCGAAAAACAAGAUGCAGGCUUUGCAGCAAGAUAUAAAGCAGGGAAUUGAGAAGGCUAUUAAUUCCUCGGCCUUAAAAGAGAAGUUUGAGCAGAUCAAGGCAGAGAUUGCUGAAGCUAUUGAGUCUUCUGAAGAAGCCAAUGAAAGUUUUGUUUCAGGUAAUUCAAAUGGGUCGACACCCAUUAAUUUGGAAGCAAACCGCAUCUAUUCUUGAGCCAACACAGGUGAGAGUUGAGGAAUUAAUCAUGGUCGUUGAUACAUCUCUCGAGUCCAAGCUCCAUAAGGCUUACAUAUGGCAAAGCUUUCUUAGAUCUCAACUCAUGUUUAGCAGCCACAAGUUUUCAUUCCCUGGAACAAUAGAUCAGGGCACAAAAUAGAUGCUUAUUGAACAAGCUUUACCGGCUUGUUUGAGAUUCUGAGUUUUUGUUUUUGUUCUCUUGCUUUUCUGUUCUUACAUAGGUACUGUGUCGACUAUGCUGUAUAACAGGGGAAGUCUUGAAUCCCUUAGAAUUAGAAGAAACUUAAGUUGUGUGGCCAGUUCUUAUCUGCAUCCUUUGUCCUAGUCUCAUGUUAUUUGCUCUGAUCUUAAAUAUUCCUUUUCGGUGCAA